AUGUCAAAACAAAACAGUGAUAUUUUCUCUCCUCCACUUUUACCAUUUUCUAUAAACUUGGUAGAAGACAAUAUUGACGACAAUGAACUUAAAAGAAUUUCAUUAAAGUUUAAUGAAAUGUUAGCUUGUGUUGAUAGUGAUACUGAUGUUAGUAUUACUA